UGGGUUCAGUAAGCGAAGGCCUUAUCCUAUAUAAAUUGUAAAAGCCCAAAAGUAGUGGAAGCAGAUAAAUUAAAAUCUCAGAUACAACAAAAGGACAUGAUAGUUCUACGAAGAAACAAACAGUGAUGGCUGCAGAGUCUCCAAGUUCUGUUCGAAAAGUGGUUGUUCAAUUAAAAGCAACUGCCGAUGCUCCUAUACUCAUAAAAAACAAGUUCAGGAUGCUCGGAACUGAUAAGUUUGCAAAGGUGAUUGACUUUUUGCGAAGACAGCUUCAUAGAGAGACAGUGUUUGUGUACAUCAACAGUGCAUUUUCUCCGAACCCUGAUGAAUUGGUUAUUGAUCUAGUCAAUAAUUUUGGUGUUGAUGGUAAACUGCUGCUGGUCAAUUAUGCUUGUUCAAUGGCAUGGGGCUAACUAUAGUUAUGGAUAUGCUGGCACUGUGUUAUUCAUAUUCCUUCUCUCAGGGUUGAAUGAUUUGUGGAUAGACUGAAAACCAGAUAACAUAGGUGAAGAUCAGAAAUUAGAAGACUUGCAUGUAUCUUAGACCAAGGAUUACUUUUCUAAUUAUUAUUAUUAUUUUUUUUUUAUUUGAGUGCUCAUGUCAUUGCCUUUAGGUCAUUAUACAGGGUAGAAAACGCGAGUACUCCUUCACAUGGUUCAAGUACAUCAAUUUGGUCUCCAACUUUGGGAUUCGAUGGAAAAGAUGAUUAGAUGAUGUUCUGCUUGAGCAUAUACUGUUUUAUCUGUCUCCUAAAGGAAUCUUUAUAGCCACCCAUCUAUGGGGACCUUUGAUCUAAUCUCGUAACGUGUGGAUGUUACGUCUGUAUAGUGAUUGACUUGCUAAGGUCUUUUCCCUUUUUCUAUUUUUUUUAUAGGCAAGCCCCUGAAAUUUUUUGGCCAAGUACAAUUAAACCUCUAAAAUUUAAAGUACUUUAUUUGAUA